AUGAACGCGGCUCAGCUGCUCCAAGAUUCCUUGUCACCCAACCAAGCUGCUCGAGAAUCAGCUACUCAGCAACUCGAAACCGCUGCCAGGGAUAAUUUCCACGGAUACCUUCACACACUCGCAGUAGAAUUGGCAAAUGAAUCACAAGAUCUGAAUGUCCGUUAUGCUGCAGGUCUGGCAUUCAAGAACGCUAUCGCCGCUAGGGACGCCAUAAACCAACCUCAAUUGACAGAAAGAUGGUUAGCACUUCCUGACACGGCUACAGCUCCAUUGAAACAAUCUGUACUUUCAACCCUUGGUUCGCCUCAACAUCGUGCAGGUGCAGUCGCCGCUACCUGUGUAUCAGCAAUUGCGGCAAUCGAAUUACCAGUUAACAAAUGGCCAGAAUUGAUCCCUCAAUUACUGGAGUUUGUAGGUAAUCAGGAGAACCAAGGGCUGAGGGUGGCUACCCUUCAAGCAGUCGGAUUCAUUUGUGAAGUGAUUGAUCCCGAAAUCCUUUCUGCACGAUCGAAUGAGAUUCUUACUGCCGUUGUACAAGGAGCUCGAAAGGAGGAACCCAGUCAUGAAGUGCAGCAUGCUGCUAUCCAGGCCUUACUUAACUCAUUAGAGUUCAUUAGGGACAACUUUGAACGAGAGGGCGAACGAAAUUACAUCAUGCAAGUAGUAUGCGAGGCUACUCAGAGCCCAGCAGUUACUGUCCAAGUUGGUGCAUUCGAAUGUCUCGUCAGAAUAAUGCAUUUGUACUACGAAAAGAUGGAUUUCUACAUGGAACGAGCUCUCUUUGGGUUGACAAUCAUGGGUAUGAAACAUCACGAGGAACCCGUUGCCCUUCAAGCCAUCGAGUUCUGGAGUACAGUGUGUGAAGAGGAAAUUGAUUUGGCUCAGGCAGCGAUGGAGGUGAAAGGAGAACAGCCGCUCUACGUAUCGAAAGGUUUCGCCAAAGCUGCUCUUCCCGAUAUCCUUCCCGUACUUCUCGAAUUACUUUGUCAACAGAACGAAGACGAUGACGAAGAUGAUUGGACAAAAGCAAUGGCUGCUGGUUGUUGUUUAGAAUUACUCGCGAAUAAUGUUGGCAAUGAUAUUGUCCAACCGGUCGUACCAUUCGUUGAAGCUGGUAUAACACAAUCCGACUGGCAACGUCGAGAAGCUGCUGUCAUGGCUUUCGGUUCGAUUCUUGAUGGUCCUGAUCCCGAGGUCCUUGCUCCUCUCGUCACUCAAGCUCUCGGUGCCCUUAUCGGAAUGAUGCAAUCCGACCCUAGUCUGCAAGUACGAGAUACGGUUGCUUGGACAUUAAGCAAGAUCUGUGAGAACAUGCUUCAAGUCAUCGAUCCCGCUGUUCACCUUCGAAACCUCAUCACCGCUCUCGUCAUCGGUCUUAACGCUUCCCCUCGAACUUGCAACAGUUGUUGUGCUGCUCUCAACAGCUUAGUGGUGCAGAUUUCAGGCGAUGCAGAUCUGUUAGGGGACGAUGUGCAGACGUCACCCAUGUCCGAAUACUACUCUGGUAUAUUGAAGGAGUUGAUGCCUAUUGCCGAAAGACCCACCAACCACGCCAACAGUCGAAGUGCCGCUUACCAAACGAUAUCCGUAUUCCUCGGCUCAUCCGCCAAUGAUACUCUCCCAGUCGUUCAGGAAGUCGCUGUUGCCAUGCUCGCUCGACAAGAAGCUCUUUUGGGCAUGCAGAACCAGUUGGUAGGCAUGGACGAUCGAAACAACUGGAACGAUAUGCAGAUCAACCUUUGUGUCGUCAUCCAAUCUUUCAUCCGUCGAUCACCAUCGAUGGCUGCGCCAUUCGCCGACCGAAUCAUGACCAACUUGUUAGGCCUUAUCCAAGCUUCAGGUAAACAUGCUGGUGUUUUAGAGGAUGCUUUUGCUACUGUCGGUGGAUUAGCCAGUGCUCUUGAAGCCGGUUUCGUCAAAUACAUGGAUGCUUUCAGUCCUUUCCUCUUCUCCGCUCUCGGUUCUUUCGAAGACUGGCAAGUUGCCCAAGCCGCCGUAUACGUUGGAAGUGAUAUUGCCCGAGCUAUCAACGAAGCCUUGACUCCUUACGCCGAACGAUUAAUGGUUGCGCUCAUCGACCUGCUCCGAAGUCCCGUAGUUCAGAGACAAGUCAAACCUAAUGCUAUCACGACUAUUGGUGAAGUUGCCUUGGCGAUUGGAGGUGGAUUCCGGCCUUACCUCGAUACUACGAUGACCAUCCUUUCUCAAGCUGGAUCAACUUCUGCUGCUCCAGGUGACGAAGCUAUGAUUGACUUUGUGCAGACUAUGAGAGAGUCCAUCGUAGAUGCUUUCAUCGGUAUUAUGAAUGGUAUAAAGGACAGCGAUGCUUCCGCAAUGCAACCUUACGUAUCUGGAAUUAUGGGAUUCCUGAAAACGUGUUGGUUGGACGAAGAUCGAAGCGACUCAUUCAGCACUGCAUCGCUCGGUUUGAUUGGUGAUUUCGCUGAAGCCUACAAGGGAUCCAUACGAGAUGAGCUCUUACAGGAUUGGGUAUCGCAAGCUGUUACUUGGGGUAGAACGAGAUCCGGUAACAAGCGAGCUAAGACUAAUGCAGCUUAUGCUCAACAGGCUAUCAAGAACGCUUCAAAAUAA